AUGUAUUAUAAUAUAAUUUUAUCAUGUCUAAUGUCUAAAUGGCUAACAUUUGGUAGAAUUAAAAAUGAUUCCUCCUAUUCGAUUUUGAUGAAAAAGACUGGUGGAAAUGGAAAAGGUUUUUUAGAUAGAUAUUUCAUAUUGCACAGAAACUAUAUUGCAUAUUACAAACCUGGAAAGAUGGAUGGAAGACCAGACGACACACAAGAACCACAAGGAUAUAUAAAUUUAGGCGAAUGCAUAUUGGAAGAAACAAAGUCAUUGUUUAAGACUCAACCACUUACAUUUCAAAUCGCUUCAAAGAAUGGUAGAAAUUAUAUAAUUCGUGGCAAAGACGAAAGAAGUAUCGAACAAUUUCUUUUGUUAAUUCGUCCACGUAUACAAUCAUUGACAACCAUGACAAUUGCUUCACUGGGCAAUGUAGAUCAAAGUCUGAAUACAAUAAUGAAUCUUUUACCUAGACCAAUGAAAUUACCAGAUAGAGUUAAACCAGAUGUAUCAACAAAAUGGAUAGUUGAAAUGACAGAAUAUUAUAAUGCUUAUUGGACUUGGGAACCGUACUUGAUGAAAGUGGAACAGUUUUCAGAGUUGUGUUAUGGUGGAAUAAAGAGUUAUGUCGACUGGUUUGUUAGUUCCGAUGGACCAAGACUGUCGAUGAUCAGAUGCGAAGAAUUGGUAUUGGAUAACUGGAUCGAUUAUAUAAAGAAAACAGCUCUCGAAAUAACAACCUAUCAAGACUCUCGAUUUUUCAGAGAGGACUUCGAUGAUAUCACCAAGCACAUUAGAAAUAUGGUUAUUUUGGUGGAUAGUUACAAUUUAUAUAUGCACAAAGUUCAUCACUCUGUAAAGCACGUCGAUAAGUUUUUGGAGGAGAAGCAGUUAUUCGAGCAGCAUUUAGAUAUAUUUUCAAAGAUGCCGUCGCGGCACUCUAUUAAUUUUAAUAAUAUCGAUGGUUUGCCUGGAAAGAUAUAUCCAGCAGAGAACAGCGAGAGCAACAACAACGACGACGAUGAGAUAUGUUGGAGCUUUGUUAGAAAUACACUCAUUCAUUGCGAUUCCUCCGAUAGCCUCUCCGACAGCAAAUUGGGAAGCAGUGGCGAGAUUGACGAGUGGCGAUUCUCAGAGGGUUGCUUUCAACACAAACACUACGGUAGUGUGGUUUGGAACAACAAAUCAUGGAUAUGGACACACCCGAAAACCGAUUAUAGAAUUAAAUUUGACUGGGAUAACAUAAACCAAUCGUUUGUUUAUUUCCAACCCGUUAUUACUUCUAUUACCAUUUCAUCAACAAACUCGACACCAAACAAAUUAUCAAUAACCAAGAAACCACAUCCAGAUACUGUAUACGCAGAUUGGAAAUAUUCAAGUAAUGCACUUACGGCAGUGGUUGUAGGUAAUAAAGCAGAGCCAAAGAUCCGUUCAUUCCAAAUUCAAGGAAAUGUUCCAGUACCGGCUGUUUUGAUUGCAGCCAUGUUUUCACAUAUUCGAAAUUCUUUACAACAACUAGGUAUCAUAGCAAGCGGUGGGAAUUAG